AUGACAGAGAAUUUAAUUGGUACUCGGGUAUGGUACUUGUUCUGGGAGGCUGAGUGUAGUAUCACCCUCACCACUCACGUCUCCCAAGGUCCCAUCGUCCCAUUUGACCCAUCAUCUCGCAAAUUCAAGAGCAAAAACUCUCUGGGCAUCGGUAUUGCACACACCAUGGCCUACCUCGACGAUGCGCUCCUCGCUCUCGGUCUGCUCGUUGAAGCCAGGACAUCCUUCAUCAUAUACUGGCUUCCAUCGAUCUCGAAACACGAAUACAUACUACUGAAGUUCCUCCCCCAAAACUCCUACCAACAAGCCGCCUCCCUUGAAAUCGAGCACAAACCGGACAUCGUCACCACCGUGUUUAUGCUCUUUAAGCGGGUCUGUGAGGACGAGUUCGAUGAAUGGGAUGAGGCACACUUAAGGAUUUCUGAUGGUGUCGCAUUCUGGAGAGGUAUUGUUGGGGUGAAUGAAGUUAAGAUGGGGGAUGAAGGGCUAUUUAAGGUGUUGGAAUGGGGUGGGAUGGAGGUUCAUCCCUGA